CCCGCCCCCUGGCUCCAGGCCACGCUGGACAGCAUAAAACGGGCUGGCCUCAGCUCUUGGCCACACGCAUCUUCCUGACAUCAUGAGGCCCAGCAGCUUCUUGGUCCUGGCGGUGUUCCUUAUCCUUGGGACUCUGGCAGCACAGGCGGCUGUCAUAGGGCAAGGCACAGACAAAGGUCGUGUUCUGGUCAAAGGACAAGAUCCGGUUAGAGGUCAAGACCCAGUCAAAACCAAAGAUCUGCUCAAAGUUCCAGUGUCCACUAAGCCUGGCUCCUGCCCCAACAUUCUGAUGCGGUGCGCCAUGAUGAACCCCCCUAACCACUGUUUGAGGGAUACCGAGUGCCCCGGGGCCAAGAAGUGCUGUCACGGCCCUUGUGGGCUGGCCUGCUUGGAUCCCCAGUGAGGUGGGGCGUGUCCUUGCUGCCCCUGUGAAGUCCCCAGGGCUGCUGGCCCUGGCCCUGUCGCACCACCCUCUCCGGCCAGCACAUUCUCGCUCUCAUUCAGGAUGUCCAAGACCGGACUUGGCUGCUUCUCUCGUUGACUUUGCAAUAAAAGACCACUUUCUGCUCCA